AUGCCGGCACAGUAUGCCAGCAGCAUCGACCAGCUGAAGCGCCUUUUGGCCCACGAGACGCUGGAAGAUACUGCUGCCACUCUCGAGGUCGCCCUGAAGGUGAUCAUCUCCCUUCUUGCUGGACUCAAGAACAAGUCAGGAAUUCUGGUGGUUCUACAGUUCGAGCAGGGGACGAGCCUCUUCGAGAAAACUGCCAAGGAUGACUUGGCCAUCUUCUGGAGAUUUACCUCCGAACUCAGUAUCCUCAUUGCGAAGGAGAGGUCGAUCAGCGGCCUGGUGCUUGUACGAGAGGCACGGUACGACCAGCAGUGUGUCAAAGACGCCGCUGCAGCCGGGACCUUGCUGACUCUCAAGGGCCUCAAUGAAGAGCAUAUCCUUGAGUACAUGGCCAACUACCUGGGCAUCCCGGAGGAAGCUGUUCCACCGCCGCUGAGACGUUUCGUUUCACAGGUGACCAUGGGCAAUCCGCUCUACAUCCGUGAAACCUUGGACCAGCUUAGCGAGGAAAACGUCCUCAAGGUGAAGCCUGGCACCUCAGCGACCUUGAUCGGGGCGCUCGAAAAAAUAGACAUCUCUGCCUGGAACCACACCGCCAUGGUGGGAGGAACGGUCUGUAACAUCGAGUCCCUGGACCCAAUCGAGGCACCUAAAAUUGGGUUUUUUUUGCAGGUUUUCUUUGGGAUUGUUUCUAAGCGUGUAGUAGGGUUUGGUAGGGCGCAUGAAGGAAGGUAG